GAGCCGAACUCUCCUGCAGGCACCCCUCCUCACUCCCCACAUGGGAAUGGUUUAGACCGGGCCCCUACCUUAAGGAAAGAGCUGCCGGGCUCCUCGAGCACAGGAGAGGCCCCCUCCACCCCAAAUCCCCGCAGCCCCACCCCAGGCAAGGCCAAGGACCCUUCACAGAUGGAUAAGUCCCAGUCUCCACUGUCUAAGUCUGGCACCCCGUCCCCAUCCCACCGUGAGGCCCUUACCCCAGGAGCUCCUGGAGCUCCUGGUCCCAGCACCUCCUGCCUUCGUCUGGUCAGCAAAGCAGCCGCCAGUGCAGACCCUCUCGCUCUCCGCAGUCCCAUGUCUGUGCCCCCCGGUUCAUACCCAGCUCAUUUUGGCGUGGUGUCCCACGCAGGACUGAACGGGGAGCUGGCCAGCCCAGGAGGUUUUGGCGGGGCUCUAACUCUCUCACCACAAAUCAGUGCGGCAGCCAGUGCUUACUCCCGAAGCCCCAUGGUGGCGUAUGACUCUCGAUCUCACCUUAGAGCACCAGGGCUGCCCUCCUCUCUGCCUGGCUCCUCUGGAGGAAAGCCCGCCUACUCGUUCCAUGUGAGCGCAGACGGCCAGAUGCAGCCGGUGCCCUUUCCCCCCGACGCCUUGCUGGGUCCGGGAAUCCCUCGUCACGCACGUCAGAUCCACACCCUGAACCACGGGGAGGUGGUGUGCGCCGUCACCAUCAGCACCUCGACACGACACGUCUACACUGGAGGGAAGGGCUGCGUCAAGGUGUGGGACAUCAGCCAGCCGGGCAGCAAGAGCCCCAUGGCCCAGCUGGACUGUCUGAACAGAGACAACUACAUCCGCUCCUGUAAAAUCCUCCCCGAUGGGCGAACACUGAUCGUCGGCGGGGAGGCCAGCACGCUGUCCAUCUGGGAUUUGGCCACACCAACCCCCCGCAUCAAGGCGGAGCUAACGUCGUCCGCCCCCGCCUGCUACGCUCUGGCCAUUUCCCCUGACAACAAAGUCUGCUUCUCCUGCUGCAGCGACGGCAACAUCGUCGUCUGGGACCUUCACAACCAGACGCUGGUCAGGCAGUUCCAGGGCCACACAGACGGAGCGAGCUGCAUCGACAUCUCCAACGAUGGCACCAAGCUGUGGACGGGGGGACUGGACAACACGGUGCGCUGCUGGGACCUCCGA